GUGCGUUACAGACAGAUGGACUGAAUUUGUUAUUACGCAUCGCCAAAAAAUUGAGGAAAAGUAGGAGUUUACGAAUGAAAUCAAUACAUGUGUUACGUUUUACUACACAUAAUAAAUAUCCUCCUGUAUUUACUGGUAUAAAAUAACACACAGAAAGCCUACGUCAGACAGAAGGAAAGACUUGUUGUUUUUCUUUAUGAUAUUACUUUUUCCGACGGAAAAUUUAAAGUAACAUGAUUUAUAUUAUAUUAAAUCUUCUGUUAUGUGGUAUUCUAUCCACCAGUUGUGCUCCCGUUCAUGACUGCAUUGGGGAACAAUGUCGAGACGUUAUAUCGGUUCCACUGAUAGAUGAAAUGAAAGCCACUUUGAAAGCUGAUUUGGAUGUUUCCAAACUUAAUAAUGUUUUGCAUAAUUAUAUUAUGGAAGAAGUGACAAAAGCUGUUAAAGUAUCUUUUGAUAUUCAAAUGGAGAAUGCAGUCGAUCAAAUUCAUGGCAAUGUAACAAGAUUGAUGCAGUCGGAUAUAAAAACAAAACUUGAAACAUUACAAGAGGAAAGUGUUAAGGGCAGUACAUUUGUUAGAUGGGGACGACAAUCAUGUGAUGGUACACUGUCGUCAUUAAUAUAUAAAGGAUAUAUGGCUGGUCCUUUGCAUAAUGCAAAGGGAAGUGGAUCCAAUUAUUUGUGUUUGACCAGUGAUCCUCAAGCGGCUUCUUUCCCGGCAGACUGGGUUAGCCUUCCUGGGCGUCUUUCUGGAAUGGGUUGGGAAUUAACAGGAACCGACAGAAGCAAAAGUUUAGACCACAUCGAUGACAAAGAUGUCCCAUGUGCUGUUUGUCUGACAAAAGGCAAAACAACAUUGAUGAUCCCUGGUAGAACAUCAUGCUAUGCAGAAUGGACAAAGGAAUAUACAGGCUUUCUAGUGUCCGCAAGGAACGAGAACGACGCUGUAACAACAGAAUAUGUUUGUGCAGAUAAAGAUCCGGAAUUUUACGGAUCACAUAACUAUAAUCACGGACUUAUCCACUUCGUAGAAGUAAAAUGUGGCAGCAUUCCGUGUUCUAAGUACGGAGACAAAACCAAAUUGAGCUGUGUUGUGUGCAGUAAAUAGUGAUUUAUCGGUAAUUUGUACAUUUUCCCUUUGAUCUUACUGCCUAAUAUUUUUAACCCUUACUAUGCCGCAGAGCCUAUAUUUAGGCUUUCUGUACUCCUUUCAAAUACCAACGGUCUUUAUGUAGGCUUGGCAACGGUUGCCUAUAUCGUCUGUUCUGUAACAAUUCACGUUACGUCACAGUUGAAUGGAGACAAUACAUUGA